UCUGCUCACUCGUCGUCUGCUCCUUCUGCGGAACAGACGAUAACUGCCGUCUGCUCGUUGUCGUUUCGUAGCAGACGACGCGCCCGCUCGCUCGUCUGUGCCUUCCAGGAAUUGGAAUCUCGUCGCUGACAGCUAGUACUGCGGUCUCUUUCUUCGAGUAUUCGGUGGAUUUCUUCGCUGUUCUUUGGUGUAUGUGUGCUGUGAGCGCACCCAUGAAGUGCGCGGACACCAAGUUGCGUGUGACCAGUGCUGACUACGGCAGGAUAUGCUGUUCUGGAUCCGCCGCGUGCUCGCCUUCAAGGCGCGAUGCGAAACGCAAGUGUGAUGUCGCUUUCGCGUCGGACGCUGCGCUGAUGACGACGACGACGAACGGAUUGCCUGUGAUGGUUGUCGGUGGCCCGACGGCGAUCUCCGCCGCGCCCCUGGUGUCGUCCCGCGCCGCGAGCUGCGCCUCCCCUUGCUGCUGCUGUUGCUGCUGCUGCUGCCCUGACCUGCAGGUGUGGUCGCCGGCUACGACGACACCGCUGUCCGGCGGCGGCAUGUGGUCGGCUCAACUGCGGUCGUCGCCGCCGCCGCACGCCGCCGCGUCUCAGACGGGCACCGCGCACGGCUGCGCGGCGCUGGCCGACAAGCAGGCGCUCUUCCUGGUCGCCUUCCCAAUCUGUGCCUCUUCCGCCAACUCCCAAGCGUCCAACCACCUACACCCAGCGUCGACGACGCCGACGUCAACAGCGUCCUGUCGGUGCUGCUGCAAGUGCAGCUGGAGCGUCAAGUCGGCGCCCUGUUGGAACUCGCCGCAGGACUCCGAGAAGACCAGCUUCCUGCUAAACGAGGAAGAAAGCAAGCCUGCUUCCGGUCCCCUGGAAGAACGCCUCAUGGAAGCCCCGCCUCCGUCCCCUCCUACGUCACAGCAUCGCCAUGGCAACCAGCUCCCUCCCCACCUAUCCCCAUCUCCUGGCGCGCCAGUAGGGGCGGGGCCCCCAUCCGACGUGGACACAGACCUGAGCCGCGUUCGGGACGCCCUGAGGACGCUUGCCACGAGCGGCUACUACUACGAGGGACUGUCCUGGGAGGAGGCGGGUCGGCUACUCCGGGGUCAACCCGUGGGCACGUUCCUAGUGCGAGACAGUUCGGACAAUCGGUUCCUGUUCGCCCUGAGCGUUCAGACCGAACGCGGUCCCACCAGCGUCCGCAUCCACUACUGGCGCGGCCAGUUCCGGCUGGACUGCGAGGACGCACUAGCGGGCAGCAUGCCGUGGUUCUCGUGCGUCGUGUCGCUCGUCGAGCACUACGUGCGACUCAGUCGGUCUGCCAAGGGACAGAUGUGUGUGUGGCUGGACGGUCAUGGUCGCCGGGACUUGCCCAUCGUGCUGACCAGGCCGCUGUACCGGGAGCCGGCGUCGCUGCAGCACCUGUGUCGCAUAGCGCUCAACAGGAGCGCUGCAACGGUCGCCGCAGCGACGUCGACGUCGUCUUCGAUGUGCAGGACUGUAGAGCCGCUACCGGCGGCUCUGAAGGACUACCUCAGGGACUACCCGCACCUACACUGACCAAAGCGUUAUCACACUUCCCUGCUCCAACUUUAUCCGUUGCCCUUUUUUGCGGUGUUUCGUUUAUGUGGCCCUAGGGCGCCUCGAUGCCAGAGUUCCUUCGCACAGGGUGGUCACACCCAUUGAUCGCGCCGCCGCCAUAUUGGGUCAAACAGUGCAGCUAUCGCGUUGUGUGAUGCCAUAAUUGAGUAAAAUAGUGUAUGCUGUCACGACCCUGUACGAAGGAACGCUGUCAUCGAGGUGCCCUAUGUGGCCCCGUCCGGCUACGCCAUCUGGUGAGGGUUUUGUGGGUUUUGAUUAGAAAACGACUGCACUAAUGUUACCGGCCGGUGCUGAUGGGCCUCCUAGCUCCUUAAAUCAUGACUCGUACUUCCUAAACGUGUCGUGAAGAAAUUUAUUGGACAGCUUGUGGAGUCACUGGAUGUUUGCAAUAUGUUGUUUUGAUUGCGUGCGUUUCACUAUGCCACAGUAAGAAGUGUACGCAACUGUCUUUGUAAUAUAUGCAGUUUGAAUCGAUGAGAAUGUGAUGGCUUUGUUCAUUCCUUGCAUUCAGAAGCUACAGAGCUCACGUGUCCUAGGUGCAAGUCAGGCUGGUUUUUUUUUAUUCAACAGAUUGGCUUGCAAAUCUUUUCCCCGUUCUGGUCCUCCAACAUGGCGGAUAUUGUGACGUCAUUGCAGGACAUCUAUAGCCACUGCUAUUCGGAAUAGGCGACUUGGUACAUCGCAGCUGAGGCCACGAAAUGAAAAUAAAUAAAUAAAAACCAAGUGUAACCAGACUUGUCAAAGCACUGAAUAACCUCCAGUUGGAAGGUCUGUCCUGCGCAAUGUACUAUUCGGCUGAUCACGUGGUCUCAUUUGAAAUAUUUAGUUAAAGUCUUCCAGGAUAUGCAGCACGUGCUUUUUCAGACUUACUCUGAAAGGAACGGUCCCGACUGGCCCACGGUUGUCAAAACUUGACCGACUGUGAUCAAAAACUUACGCAAGGUCUAUAACUUGUCUUGGGCGAGCCUUAAAAGCGUCACUUCUAGAGUUGCGUCAGACAGUAUAAUCUUGAAGAUCGUCAUUUGCGUUUGAAGUACAGCCGUCCUGUUAUGUGCAUUAUCCUUCCAAGGAGGAAGGAUGUGCUUGUGUAUCUGCUCAGGGAAUUGAAUACAAGGAUGCACGUAUCACAGAAAGAAAAAAAAAAAGAAUUCGCGCGUCUGCGAACUUUUUACGUCUUGAGAGAGACCAAUGUAAGCGUAAGACGUUCACAAGACGUCUUCUUUAGGAUCUGACGUGGCGUUUUCACGGUUUUCUAAAAGGGCCGAAGUUCUCGUUUUAGAGAGCGAAACGAGAUUGUUUUCUACGUUAGUGAUAAAACUGUUUCACACAAAUCAACCGAAAUGUAGCCUCGAAAGAAUCAAACCUAACAUGUAGUAUCGCCUUCUCUAAGGGCUUUCGCAAAAUAUUUCAGUCACGUGACCCGCAGUCACUUUUUGUAGUCAUUUAAGCGGCAACUGUUCACAAGGCUCCCACUAGCUUCUUAAGAACUACGUCUACUAGCUCAAGUCGGUGCUCUUUCGAUAACGAACCCGGUCAUUUUGGUGCUAAGACACAUUAGGCCCGGCUAUUCUACACGAUCUUACAAGAUGUGCUCUAUACCAUGUCGACGUAUUGCCAAGAAAUGCUUCACUUAAUUCAGGCUGUCUUUUUAACUGCGGUCUCUUGGAUGCUUGUGCCUUCGAGGAAGCUUCAGUUUUGAAAGCUUGUGGUGCUUCGAGAGCUUGCUCUGCUUGUGAUUUGUCAUGCUAGCUGCAGCAAAAAACCAUAGUAUUUUGCUUGCCAGAGUCCGGUUCCAACCAUUAGUCAACGGUUUAUUAUCUGUUGCCUGAUUACGCUAUGAAGUGUGUUUUCAAGCUGUCGUAUGUUUUACUGCAUAUUUCCUGGUCCCGAAUGUUUGCCGAGUGCUAGCUCACUCGAUAUUAUUGCACUUUGCCUCAGCGACGUGAAAAGUGCUUGCCUGCUUACAAAGUUCUGAUUACGUCCGUAGAAAGGUGCUCCGUCUUGUCGGAAAACCUAUUUUAGUGGCUUGCCUUUUGCGGCUUGAAAAGUUGUGUUUCUUUUUAUGUAACUUGUCUCGGGCAGCUGUCUUUUGUAUAUUUACGGAUAUCAGGAGGAAAAUAGCGCGCGAGCUCGAAGUGUAUUCCGUUAAGAGGUAGCCGCAAAAUCGUCUGCUUUGAAUCGGAUGCCGCUAGAGGGCUCGCACGUUCACCGGUGCCGAAUGAAAUCCGAAAUUUAAAACGGGUACUUGAUUUAUGUGGAGCUUGCGUUAGGUGUUCGUUCUAGCCUUAUAUUCAGUAUCAUUUUUAAGGUGUGUAAACUAAGACUGCAUGUGCUGCAAUAUGCACACACGAUGACACCAUUCGAGCGUUCAUCUUCAAGCGUUCGUUGAAGCGUUCAUCUGCUUCGAGUAGCAGACGAUUUUUUUUCGAGUGCUCAUCGAGUAGCAGACAAUCUUGCGGCACUCCGAAUAGCAGACGACAGUCUGGCAUUCCGAGUUGCACACGAUUUUGCGAAGACGCUCAGAGAGCGAUUUUAUGGUAGUCCAUGUUGCAGACGUUCUAGCGCAUCUAGAAGAAGCGGACGAAUUUUUGGGGUACUUGAUCUCCAAAGUGCUUUGCUGCUCAUGUAAACCGUAGCUCAUUAGCCGCACCAAUUGCAAAAAAGUUCAUAUCUUAAAGUCGCCUGCACACAAAUUAGGCUUAAGUACUUUAUUAUUCAUCUCGCCUUCCGCCAAGAGGGCAGACAUAUUAGAAAUUUUAUUCUGCUAGGUUUAGUACAUGUCGAUUUUUCGCAACUGGCGCGGUUAAGAAGCUGCUUUUCAUUCGUGUCAGUCUAAGAGAGAAAAAGUGUGUGCGUUACACGUGACCGAUCACGUGAUUGCCAUGUUUCAGCUUUGCAAUUCUGAAGAGCGCGGCUGCUUAGUAUUGUUUUUAAGUCCAGUGACUCCACGAGCCAAUACAAGGAAACUAAAAUAGAAAAACAAAGCGCGUUUUACUGUACUGUUCAGGUGCCUUCCGGGACCAAGAUGGCGGCUAUGUUUGUGUCUGUAUAUGUCGUGUCUGGUGUAACGCGCGCUACCGCCAUCUGUCGGGUAAAAAGAAAACCAGCACACGUGUAUGUGUCUCUGAUAACCGACGUCCCAAGUGUUCACAAGAAGUGGGAAGUAGAAAAAAACGAAAAAAAGAUAUUUCGGCGGUUUCCACAAUUGUGCAGCGCUGUUGUUGUGAAGCUUUUCCCGAUUUUUUUUCCUACUCCCCUUUGAAGAUGCGCGGCUGUACACUAUUCGCGACAGCCAUGCGGUAUUUUUGUACAAGCGGCCCGUAUCUUCUUUUGAGAAGUCGUAAAUUUUGCGCGGGCCAUGAAGCUUUGUGAGUGACGUGCAAAAAAGAAGAGCAACGUUUGUGGCAUGCAUGUCGUUUUGGGCGGGAAGCAUCCAUGAUUCAUCGCGAGGAUAGUCAUAUUUUACACGCACUUCUUUUGAGAAGGUCGCGUCCGUCUUUUAAUAUCUGGUGGCCUUAUUCGAGUUAACCGACACGUGUGCCCCUUAUGAGCACUGUCCAGUGACGUAUCUUCAAAUAGCUCGCCAACCCAGAGCCAAGACGUAGCUUCCUCAAGAUAUGAAGCAGUAGAAAAAAUUAGCAAUAACAAAAAAUUCAUGACGCCAGCCGAUUUGUCUAACUUGAUGCUAAGGUACACAGUCAGUUGCAGACGACACAUCUAGCGUCACUCAUAGCAGACGAUACAUCUUGUUUCGAGUCCUAACAGACGACGCGCGUCGAACUUACAAGUGAAUACAUCAUCUAGCGGCAUAUAUCGUCUCUUGGCCUUUUUUCCCUAUUCCAUCUUGUUGCUUGCGACAUACGGAACACUUUUCAGAUCCAGCCACGAAACUGCUUCCUGCCUAAAUAUUCUCGCAAUUUCUUUUCUGUUCGGGAAUUCGGCCUAUCGCUAACCCUAACGACAAUGCGAAAGCUACAAAUCGCUUUGAAAAGUAAAUGUAUGUCCAGUGUUUUAGGAAUGUCAAUUCGGCAUACCGUACACCUUUUGAGGUCGUCCGGCAUCUUCUAGCAACACACGCACCGUAGUUUCGAUUUAUUAUUAUUAGUAGUAAUAUACUUUUAUUCAGCCAAGUUCGAGGGCUAGAUUUAUUAAAAACAAACAAACUUCCGCACCACACAACGGCAUGCCACGACUUUGCCAGUGAAGGAAAAGCCUGUUUCUACCUUAAAACAAACCACCUGAUGUGUGAAUAUCAUGCAAGGCCCCCGCAACUAUUGUGUGUGUGUGUGAGUGUGCAUGCGUCGUAAUGUGUGACAGUACCGCGUAGUGUUGUGUGCUUGCGCGUGAGUAUGGCAUCUGAAUGUUGUAAUACGUUGUGUCACUGUAUAAUAGGAUAUGUUUAAUAAUCUCGCGAGAAAAAAAAAAUGGUGCAGCUGUUCAUUUGUACAUAGUGUAACAUAGCCAUCGUAAUAUAUGAAAGAAAAAAAUGAAAAGAACGCAGAAUAUGACGAAGACAAGGAAACAAUAAAUUUUUUGUCUGGUAUUUCCUACAAAAA